AUAAAUACCUUUGGUAGGAAGAAAGUCUUCAUAGUAUUUUUACAACCUAGAACAAACAUCAUGAAUUACGCAGUAAAAUCUUUAUUCUUAAUUAAUUUAUCAAUAUUGGCUUAUGGUAGCUAUGCCUAUGGUCUAGCCAUCCCCGUGAACACAGUGUCUAAUGUCAACCGCCUCUUCCGGUCCACCCGCAUUCAUGGAGGUGUGACAGCUCCCGAAGGCUCUGCCCCGUAUUUACUGGCUUUGGUGAUAGGAGUUAACAUCGGGCAAAUGGUCUGUGGAGGGUCCAUAAUCAGUUCAAGAGGCGUGUUGACUGCAGCUCAUUGUAUUGAUGUAUUUAAAACCAUUCAUGGACUCACUUCAUCAUUGCGUGGAGUCGCGGGUUCAAACCAGUGGGCCUCAACAGAAAACAAUAUAAGAUUUAAAUCUCACAUAAACCAUCCUGAUUGGGACCGCAAUCUCAUUAAAAAUGAUAUUGGGGUGCUCAUAACUGAAAGCCACAUCGUGGAGACUCAUUUGAUAAGGUUCAUAGCGUUAAGUUCCGAGUAUAUCCCCGGUGGAGUCACCACCUCGCUAGCUGGUUGGGGUAAUGUUAACGGCACUAGAGAAGAAGAUGGAGUUAUGACCCUAAACCCCACCCCGCAUAACCUACAACAGCUGUUCCCCACAACCCUAGACCCUCGUGAGUGCAGCAAACAGAUGAAGGCCGCAGCCCAUAAGUUGGGCUGGGUGGUGCCGCAUGUUGACCCCGCUGUGGAGAUAUGCACGCUGCAUUCUGUCGGACACGGCGCUUGUAAUGGUGACAGCGGCAGCCCUCUAGUGGCAUCCCAGCUCCAGCUAGGAGUGGCAUCCGCGGUGCAAGUGGGCGUGGUGUCGUGGGGCGUGCCGUGCGGCCGCGGCGCGCCGGACGUGUAUGUGCGGGUCAGCGCCUUCCUACACUGGGUGCGAGACAUCUUGAGGCAGUGGAAGUAG